UCCCCCUGCUGCCACCACCCCGCUUCCUUUUCCUCCCCCUCCCCGCCGAUUUUUUGAGGGGACCCGAAAAACGGAGUCCCUUUCCUUAGGCAACUUCCUUGGGCACUGUGAGCACGGCCCUCCCCCUCACCGCCCCCACCCCCAACGCCCCGCAUCCCUUGGCCCGCUUCUUCUCCACCUCGGGACCACCGCCAGAAAAAUGCAUUCGAGAUCAUUCAGAGUGCAUAGAAACAAAAAUAGAUUUUUAAUUGUUAGGUUAGGGGAAACUGAGAUGAGAAAUAAGAUUUUGGGGUGGGGGGGCGCGGCCAGGGCAAGUGCGUCCAUUUCUCCUUUUGGUUUUCCUAGAGCGUUGUUUGUGAUGUCUUUAUUGGUUUAGGGAGUCGGAGAGGCUCUGUGCUGGCUAUCUCGGUCGCGUGGAUUUUUGCGCAAGUUUUUAGAAAAACACUGACUCGAGUAGAGAGCAUUUCUCCGGAAAGUUUCAAGUGCAGCAAAAUAGCGAACGUGCAAAACUGGCCAAGGGGAGACCUCUAGUGGUUAAACGCGUCUUUAAGUUCGGAAGGCCGAGAGCAAAGUUUGGCCUUUACUUGUAGCUACGUAGUCCGUUCAGACGUGGAAGUAAUUAGAGGACCUGAGCGAGCAGCCAGAUGUUGUGUGAAAGGAUGCUGAUCAGAAAUUGAAAGUUUAGUAAAUCGGAGCAAUGAAUUCUGAGGACUCAGACCCUGUAACUUCCAUCCGACAUGAGUUAUGUAGGAAAAACACUUUGCUUUUAUUCUGGGAUUUGAGAUUGAUCGCUCCCUGAAUUGGAAACAAUCGUUUGCAUUUGCAUUUAUCGGUGUCUGUACCUCUGAUCAAUUUUUAAUUAUGAGUCUCAGCUGAUGACUUCAUUUUGAAUGUUAAUAAAACUGCGAAGUUGAAAUGUGUUUAAAACUUUUGAAGAAAUGGAAAAGACUUUUAGUUGAGAUUUGCCUUUUAUAUGAGCUGUUCAUUUUACUCUCUGAUAAAUAUAAGGCAAUUUUAUGUAGUUUCUUAGCUGUAUAGUUAUGUGUAGUCCGAAUAAGUAGUCCCUUUUGGUUCUAAGACUGUAAUUUUGUUUCACUGACUACGAAAUUGUUUCUGAAUACUUGUAUAAUUUGUGAUUUAAAGUCCUUAAAUGUGUGGGUUAAAACUGUUCAUAUAAUAUCUAUUCUUUUUCCAGUGUGUAUUCUGUAAAAUAUCUUUAAUUUUAAAGGUAAAAACAGUGAGGGAAAUUAAAGUUGACUCAAACGAUCCUUGUAACUUUCACCUGCCUGUAAUAUACAAUAGGAGACACUUUAUUGGGUGAAUUUAGGACAUGGGAAUGAUAGGAAUGAUUAAAAUCUAUUUCAACUCAUCUAGAACCAGCUUAUUUUAUUUUAAUUUACCUACUGGCAUGGUGUAAAAUUAUGCCUAAGUGAUUCAGAAUGUAAACUUCUUAAUUGGGGAUUGUGGAUUUGAAGGUUUCUUUUUGAUGACAGUGUUUUGAUUUUACCUCCCCUCUCUUUAAACCAAUGAUAGAACCCUUAGGAGAAAUCUUGAGAGUGGACAGCAAUUGUGAAGAUCGCCAGAGAGUUCUGUGUUUUAUCACCGCCGAAAGGUACCAAUGUCGACACAGUGAAGAAAACAAAGAGUAUGUUAAAAAAUAAAUCAUGACUGAAUCUGCCUCUAGCACAAGUGGUCAAGAGUUUGAUGUAUUCAGUGUUAUGGACUGGAAAGAUGGAGUGGGCACGUUACCAGGAAGUGACUUAAAGUUUCGGGUAAAUGAGUUUGGAGCCUUGGAAGUUAUUACAGAUGAGAAUGAGAUGGAAAAUGUUAAAAAAGCAACUGCUACCACCACUUGGAUGGUACCAACUGCUCAAGAAGCCUACACAGGUGAUUUAGCCAAAAGCCUGCCACUUUUUUUCUCAUCUACUCCGAUGGUUGUAACUAACACCUAUAUGCUGAUGACUCCUAAAUCUACAUCUCCAGCCCCGACCUCUCCCCCGAGCUCCAGGCCCGUAUUUCCACCUGCCUACUGGACAUCUCCACCUGGAUGUCCCACAGUCUUUUCAGAGAAGACUGGGGUGCCUUUCAGGUUGAAGGAUGCUGUGAAAGUAGAAGGGCUUCAGUUCUGUGAGAACUGUUGUCAGUAUGGCAACGUAGAUGAGUGUCUUUCUGGAGGAAACUAUUGCAGCCAGAAUUGUGCUCGGCACAUCAAAGAUAAAGAUCAGAAGGAAGAAAGGGACAUAGAAGAAGACAACGAGGAAGAAGAUCCUAAGUGUAGUCGGAAGAAAAAACCAAAAUUAUCUCUGAAAGUGGACCCCAAGGAGGAUGGAGAAGAGAGAGAUGAUGAAAUGGAGAACAAACAAGAUGUAAGAAUCCUGAGGGGUUCGCAGAGAGCGCGGAGGAAAAGACGAGGAGAUUCGGCUGUAUUAAAGCAGGGUUUGCCUCCUAAAGGAAAGAAAGCAUGGUGCUGGGCAUCCUAUCUGGAAGAGGAGAAAGCUGUGGCAGUGCCAGCGAAGCUGUUCAAGGAGCACCAGUCCUUUCCAUAUAACAAAAAUGGAUUCAAAGUUGGCAUGAAAUUAGAAGGCGUGGAUCCUGAGCAUCAGUCUGUGUACUGUGUCCUCACCGUGGCAGAGGUUUGUGGAUACCGGAUAAAGCUUCACUUUGAUGGGUAUUCUGAUUGCUAUGACUUCUGGGUGAAUGCAGACGCUCUGGAUAUCCACCCAGUUGGGUGGUGUGAGAAAACUGGCCACAAACUCCAUCCUCCAAAAGGGUAUAAAGAAGAAGAAUUCAAUUGGCAGACCUAUCUUAAGACAUGUAAAGCUCAAGCUGCUCCUAAGUCAUUAUUUGAAAAUCAGAAUAUAACAGUGAUCCCAUCGGGCUUUCGAGUUGGUAUGAAGCUUGAGGCAGUAGACAAAAAGAAUCCCUCAUUCAUCUGUGUUGCUACGGUAACAGAUAUGGUGGACAAUCGUUUCCUGGUACAUUUUGACAACUGGGAUGAGAGCUAUGACUAUUGGUGUGAAGCAUCCAGUCCACACAUUCAUCCAGUUGGUUGGUGUAAAGAACAUAGAAGAACCCUUAUUACUCCACCAGGUUAUCCAAAUGUGAAACAUUUUUCUUGGGAUAAAUACUUAGAAGAAACCAAUUCUUUACCUGCUCCUGCAAGAGCUUUCAAAGUGAAACCUCCUCAUGGAUUCCAGAAAAAAAUGAAGCUUGAGGUCGUAGACAAAAGGAAUCCCAUGUUUAUUAGAGUAGCAACUGUGGCAGACACAGAUGAUCACCGAGUAAAAGUUCACUUUGAUGGCUGGAAUAAUUGCUAUGAUUACUGGAUAGAUGCGGAUUCUCCUGAUAUUCACCCUGUAGGCUGGUGUUCAAAAACAGGACAUCCCCUUCAGCCUCCUUUGAGCCCCCUAGAAUUAAUGGAAGCUUCAGAACACGGUGGAUGCUCAACCCCGGGAUGUAAAGGGAUUGGCCAUUUUAAGAGAGCAAGACAUCUGGGCCCUCACAGUGCUGCCAACUGUCCCUAUUCAGAAAUCAAUUUGAAUAAAGACCGUAUUUUUCCAGACCGCUUAAGUGGUGAGAUGCCUCCGACUAGUCCAUCAUUUCCAAGAAAUAAAAGGACAGAUGCAAAUGAAAGCUCUUCAUCCCCUGAAAUCAGAGACCAGCAUGCUGAUGAUGUCAAAGAAGACUUUGAAGAGAGAACAGAAAGUGAAAUGAGAACAUCACAUGAAGCCAGAGGUGCCCGGGAAGAACCCACUGUCCAGCAGGCACAGCGUCGGUCAGCUGUCUUUCUGUCCUUUAAGUCCCCAAUUCCAUGUCUGCCCUUGCGCUGGGAGCAGCAAAGCAAACUACUUCCAACUGUCGCUGGAAUCCCUGCCAGUAAAGUUUCCAAAUGGAGCACCGACGAGGUGUCAGAAUUUAUACAGAGCUUACCUGGGUGUGAAGAACAUGGAAAGGUAUUUAAAGAUGAACAAAUUGAUGGAGAAGCAUUUCUACUUAUGACUCAAACAGACAUUGUUAAAAUUAUGAGCAUUAAACUGGGCCCUGCUCUCAAAAUUUUCAAUUCCAUCCUGAUGUUCAAAGCUGCAGAGAAGAAUUCUCACAAUGAACUUUGAAGAUGGUGAAUUCUGAAUACCAUCAGCAUUCUGCUUUAAAGCUCAUGUUUUAUUCAAAGCACAAGGACGGUUAUAACUCCUAAGUGAGAAGUCUCCAAAACUCAAAAGAGCAACACUAUCGGAUUAUUUAUAUUCCUCAAGAGACAAUAUAUAUGAAUUCUUAUGAAAGUGCUUGAGCUUUUAACCAGGUACUGUCUAACAACAGUCAUCUUUUGGUUCUGUUCACUGAGCUAAAUUUAUCUUUGUAAAUCUUUUUGAGUCUGGGGGGCGGGGGGAAAGGGGGACUUCAUUAAUUAUUUAUGGUAAUGGGGGGGCAGAGUAAGAACUUUUGGCAUUUUGUAAACAUUGUUGAAUUCUCUUUCAUGUACACUGUUUCUUUUUCAAUACUUUCAGAAACCUUUUUAUAUAAUCAAAUUUCAAUUUAAACCAAAUUAGUCAAAACCUGGCUAAGUUUAGCCGGUAGGACUGUUAUCUGUAUUGUUAAUUUUGUGCCAUAUUUUGAAUUGCAACAUUAUGCUAAGUAUAACUUUGCAAGUCAUGAUAUUGCCUAACUGCUUGUCAUAAUUGUCAGGGCUGAAUAGUUGUAAGAGUGACUUUUCUUUGAAUCAGUGUUUUUCCUUUUGCACGCAUUAUGAAAUGUUAAACAAAUUACUUUUCACCAGCAUCUUUACUAUAAUUACCAAAAACAUGUAUAUAAAAGAAUGGAAUUGAAAAAUAAAAUAUAUAAACAUAAAUAAAUUAGGUAGUGUAUUUGAGUGGCAUCAGUCUCACGCAUCUUGGUGCCCCCGUGUUUACAAGAGCCAGAUGGUAUCAGAGGAGUAUGCAGUUGUAUGCAGUUAUGGUUGGGGGGAUGUUUGUGAGGGUCUUGAACUAUUUAUGAGAUGAUCUUCAGCUUCUAAUUGUCAUUGAUGAAACUGUGGUGCUUUACAGAGACUAAGAGCUCAUUCUGUCAACAGAAACAGUAAUCUGUAAAGAGCCCUGUCUCAGGUCAUGCCUUGUCCUCCAAACCCAAAGGUUUUUUUCAGGGUUGGCUGAAGAGUGAGUGUCGUGGUUUUACUGAAAAGGCAAGGUGUGAAGGAGCAACUUCAUUUGACACAAAAUCUGAAAUUCUCACAGAUCAGGGAGGUGAUUUCCCAAAGUAAUUAGCCAAGAACCUCCAUCUUGGAAGGAUUCCUUUUUCUGUAGAAUACUUUGCCUCGAUAUAUAAGCAUACAGAUGCACUUUAAAUGAAAACCCUUGAUUAUAAAUUGAUAGCUGGUAGUGUUUCUUUUGCAAGAAUGCAUUUCUAAGGCAAAAGGUAAAUUAUUUUGUCGUCUUUUGAUGUACUUUCUGAUUCCAGGAUUGGAUAUUUAUUCAAGGACUAUUUUAAAAAUAGAAAGUAAGUUUGUAGCAUGCUGUCUGAAUUCUGGGGGAAGUUCCACCUCUUCUUUAGUUGCUUUCGUUUUUUAUGAUGUAGGACUUCCUUUGAUGUCCCUGUUGGAAGUCCAUUAGCAGUCCUUUGCAUUUGUCAAUUCAAGGUAAAACAGGGUCAGUGACAUCUACAGUGUCCCAGUCAUUCAUUUGCAUGAAUCUGCUUAAAUAAGUUUUUUGUUGUUGUUUUUUUCUUUUUUAUGUUUUGUUCAGAAUUUGUACAUUCAAGUUGUACUUGUUAUAUCUGAUAUGAAUGAAAUAAAAUCUUAAUUGCAGAUGCUUUUUA